UCAUUAUGCGGUGAAUAUUGACACAUCUUUUGACAUAAUUAUAUACAGAAGAAACUGAUUAUUUAAUUUUACUAACAUAUUUCUAGAUACUUAUUACUUUAGGUAAACAAGAUGUAUAGAGAUUCAUAUCAGAGAGGCAUGCUUACUGUGUUCUUUAGUUGUGGCUCUAAACCUCUCAAUAUAUGGGAAACACAUACUCAAGAUGGAUAUAUCACGAGGUUUCUAGAUCAAGAUAUAAAGUCAAUGGUAUUAGAAAUAGGCGGAACUAAUGUAAGUACAACGUACAUGAUAUGUCCAAAAGGCAAACAAGUGCUGGGUAUAACCAUGCCUUUUCUAGUUAUGAUUGUUAAGAAUCUUAAGAAAUAUUUCUCUUUCGAAGUUACUAUACUUGACGACACCGGGACGAGGAGACGAUUUCGUGUGUCUAAUUUUCAAAGCACAACUCAAAUAUUACCUCUCUGCACCGUGAUGCCUAUCGGCCUAUCAGACGGAUGGAAUCAAAUUCAAUUCAAUCUAUCGGAAUUCACACGACGCGCUUACAAGAAGCAAUUUGUUGAAGUGCAGAAAUUAAAAAUAAAUGCCAAUAUUCGUUUGAGGCGAAUAUAUUUUACUGAAAAACUUAUUCCAGAAGAUCAAUUACCGCCCGAAUAUAAGUUGUACUUUCCUUUGGCUGGUAAAGAUGCGAGAGUUAAAAGGGGUGCAAAACCUGAUGAAAGUGAAAAAGAAAAUGUUAAGCCGUCAACUUCACAACAGCAAAUGGCUAAGAGUGAAUUGAAACCAGGAUCAAAAACUUCAGUACAUUCAGUGAAACCUGAUGCCGUUCCUCCGCUAGAUCAGGCUCCGAUAGCCGAAGAGGCUGCACCUGCUGAGGUGGCUCCUUCAGAAGCUCCACUUGAAGCAGCGCCCGAACAAGUUGAAGCAACAGAAUCUGCAGCAGUGACUGAUACAGGAGUAUCUGGCGAAGCAGUUGCGACAGGUGAAGCAACAGGAGAGGUGACUCCUGUAGAAGAAGGUGCAGCAGAAGCAGCCUUGGAAGGGGCUCCUGAGGCAGAGACCACAGAAGCUGGCGAAGCACCCACUGAAACACCCGCUGAUGCGCCCCCCGAAGCACCUGACGAAGCACCGGCUGAAGCACCCGCCGAAGCUCCCGCCGAAGCACCUGCCGAAGCCCCUCCUGAAAGUGAACCCGCUGCAGAACAACCAGCAGCCGAACCAGAAGCGUCACCUGAGUGAACAUACAUUUUUUAAAAAGCAAAGGUGUCAACUCCUGUUUAUAUACGCGAAAUAUGCAUGCCGUAACCAUAGAAAUCAGUAUAAUUGCAGUAUUUUUAGUUGUAUAUUUAAAAUAAUUUGUUAUAGUGUAAUGAUAUUCGUACUAAUAAAUUCUUAUUAAAAAUCCAUUUUUUGAUAAAAGUUCACGGUGGCAUGGUUAAUGACGUCGAAAUCCAAACCCAUUUUAUAACUUGUUAUAUUAUAUUGUGAUUUGUGCAAACGGUAUUACAUAAUAUUGAAGUUCGGCUAUAGAUAUUCACAAUUAGCUAAUGCCUUUUGAUGCAACUGGUUACCAAUGUGUCACGACAUUGCUAUACAAUAAAUACCUCUCGACACCACAUGACGACGCGUAGAUAUAAAUACACCUUUAGCUUGCUCCAUAUUUAAUGUAAAUGUGUGACAACUAAAAUCAAUAUUUUUAUCGAUAUAUCGAUACUCAAAAAUGAAACAUGAAAAUAUUUUUAUUAUUUUUAUAAUUUAUAUUACCUUAUUUUGAAUUAUUUUUAUUUUUAUGAUUAAUUAUUUUCUACUGAAAUGUAUUUUAUGAACAUGACAUUAACUAAUAAAUUUUUAAUAUACGUGUAAUUAAACACUGACCGUAAAUAUUGUGACCGUGAUACUUUGUAAAAAUAGAUUUACCAAUGCGUGGGUAAGCACCACAGAUAUAUUCCCUUCAUCCACUUUGGUAACCAAACUUAUCUAUAUUCCUAAUCUGCCUGAAAGUGUGAGGUAAGUUGGUGCUGCCGCCGAACGGUACCACGUUUACAAUGAAGAUGUUCACUCGACUGAAUCGAGUGUUGUUUCUACUUUGUAAGUAUUUGAAUUACCCUGUUAUAUCUCAAUUACUCUCUCUCUCUCUGUACUAUGCUCUAUUAUACUUUCAAAUAAAAUUCAAUAAACAAUGUCUGACUGCUAUUCGACAGAUCAUUGUAGCAAACUAAGAACAGAAAAGGUCCCAGAAUGGAGCCUUGUGGUACGCCAAUUUUUUGCAUUGCAUUAAUAUGAUUAAGUAAUGUUAAUGUCUACAGUUUGUAACCUCUAUUAUUAAACCCGUAAUGACCGACCUUUACCAAAAAGUGUUUCAUGAUCGACACAAAUUUUAAAAAAGACAAUACUCCGAUGUUAUCCAGUUAAUACGCGCGCCCACGCAUUGUAAAUAUAAACGACUAGAGACACUCCCACAUCUCUUUUCCUUUUUUCAGUAGUAAAGUUAUAUUAAUAACUGUGGAAAAUAUUAUGGGUAUUAUACUGAUGUAAUAAUUGAUCAGUCAAAUGCUACAUCAGUUUAAUGUAAUUUAUAAGAUAAUGGCAUUAUAUUUCAAUCAAUGUAAUAUCAAGGAUAUUAUAUAAUAUCAAGGAUAUCGUGUAUUAUGUAAUAUCAAGGAUAUCGAAAUGAGUCUGCAGUUGCCAAGCUCUGAAUUUGAAUAAUGGAAUCAAUUUAUUUCAUUAGAUCUGGUAGAUGCCACCACAUUGAAUAUAAAAACCAAAUCGACAGCUAUGAUUUUGAUAUAUUUUGAACUAAGGUACGGUAAGAUAUAACCCAAUAAUCUUCGACUUCUUAAAAUUUAACUGAAAGUUUUAAAUAUGUCAUUUAGUUCAUUGGUUCGUUUAGUUCAUUGUAUGUGUGAAAACAGUAAUAUUAAUAUUGAGUACAGUUUCAGCAUUACUCUUACUUGAAUUUAUACAAUUUAUACUAUACAAAAGGGUUCUAGAGAUAUGUUAGUCAAACAGUU